AGAGUCACAGUCAAACUAAUCGGCACGGUGAACGUAGUAGUAGCUAUCCUAUACCGCUACUCACGUAUCAGUGACAUACUGGAUCUACCUGUGCGCAUUUCCCCGUCUGCAGUCGCGCCUGUGAUCGGGUGGGAAGGAGUUCAAAAUUACCGUUAUUUCCUAAAAGCAACGGUACACCAAGAAAGACAACUACGCGACAAGAAAUAUCGAGCGCGAAACUGCAACUUACGGACUUCGGCGUAGUAGCCUACUGUUUGUUGCGUAUAUUAUCUGAACAGAUCUUCAGAAAAAAGAUCAAUUUAAUUUUAAACACAAAUCUUCUGUUUUUGCGCUGGUGAGGAUUUUAUGUUCGCACUUUCCAGUGGAAGACUAUGGCGAGAGACUACGCUGGAAAAUGCCUCGACUUUAGGAAGAACUGUGGGCUGUCUAUGGGGUUCAUUCUCAUAAUAAUUGGAGGUGUGACGGCCCAUGUGAAGGUGAAGUCGGAGGUGGAGUCGUACCCAGGCCAGAUGGUCAACCUCAGCUGCGAGUUCAUGAGCUCUGAGGGAAUACGGCUGACACAGGUGUCCUGGAUCUGGGAGCCCAAAGAGGGGCAGAGGGAGAACAUUGCGGUGUUCCACCCGCAAUUCGGGGAUAGCUACCCGGAGUCGGCGCUCAGCGGCAGGGUGCGCUUCCUCCACGGCUCCCUGGAGAACCCCUCCAUCAGCAUCAGCGACGUGAGGAUGACCGACGAGGGGAAGUACGUCUGCGAGUACGCCACCUACCCCAGCGGCAACGAGCAGGGCACCACCACGCUGGUGAUGCUGGCCAAGCCCAAGAACACGGCCUCCGUCGUCACGGUGACGGAGGGGACGUCCGCGGUGGUGGUGGCGCGCUGCGAGUCGGCCGACGGCCGGCCCGAGGCGGAGAUCACCUGGGAGACGCAGGCGGCGGGCAAGGAGGCGCGCACCGCGCAGGCGGGCGUGAUGAACACCGUCACCGUGCUCAGCGAGUACCGCCUGGUGCCCACCGCCGAGGACGACGGCAGGGACAUCGCCUGCGUGGUCAGCCACCGCACGCAGGGGGCGCCGCAGAUCCUCCGCCUGAAGCUCUCCAUCGAGCAUCUCCCUAAGGUGAGGAUUCUGGGCUAUGACAGUGAUUGGUACAGGGGUCGCACUGAUGCCACCCUGGUCUGUGAAGCCAUUGGGAACCCUGAGCCAACCAACAUCACUUGGAAAACUGCGUCGGGCCCCCUGCCGGACACGGUCCAGGUGAGGGAGAACACGCUGACCGUGCGGCACGUAGACGAGGCGGUCAACACCACGUUCGUGUGCGAGGCGCAGAACCGGCUGGGGGCGAGCACGGAGCAGGUCACCACGCUCAUCACGGAGAGGCCGAAGGUAGAUGUUGCGAUUGGCACCAUCGUCGGAGUCGUGAUUGGCGUGCUGCUGCUCCUGGUAAUCAUCAUCGUUGCCAUUUUUAUGAUCCGUAAACAGAGGCGGAACGCAGAGAACGGAGAUGGCCCCCCCAAGUACAAGUCGCCGCCCCCAGCGAAGGCCGAUGGCUCCACCGAAAUGCUGAACAAGAGCCAGGACCCACUGACUGAUCCCCCGCUUGCCAGCCACGUUUACUAUGAGACGACCGGCGAGCCCGUCACGGACCUGGAUGGAAACGAGGAGGAAAACGGCUACAUGGUUGGCGCCACCUCUGGCUGGGAGGACUCGGCGCAGGGCCGGAACGGCGAGACGCAAAGCGAAGCCCUGCCGCCGUACUCCGACCCACCCGAACGCGGGGCGUCCCGGGACGCGGCGCAAGACCCCGGUGCCCUGUCCCCGUCUAACCGUGAGGGGAGCUUUGUGUCCGCUGCCAUGUAUGUAUAGAGAUAAGGGAAGGGGGGGUGGAUGGCAGGUGUGAGGGGGAGGUCCUCAAAGCCACCCAAGGACGUAACCCAUUUUCACUACCGUCAUCAACACUGCCGCUGCAUAACACCCCCGAUCAGAUUGACCACUGCUGAACGGUGGCACGGAAUGGCGCUUUUGGAAACACACGGCGACACACUUCAGAAAGCACACUGUGUGUCCAGCCAGCCGCCACACAAUUAGUCAGUUCUUAAUACAGUAUAUGUUCAAGGUGAUCUCAUGAUGUAAUGGAAGUCCAUGUCAAAGUCCCCUCCAUAUAGGUAUCAGUUGCUAUCAGAUUACAUGCGCCGUUUAUGAUAUCAGCAUAUUGCCAGUGAAACGCUAUCAAUCGAUUAAUAGCAUGAGGUGUCUCCUGUAUUUGUUUUUGAAUGCACUGUACUGUGCAGAGAAACUGCUUGUGAAACGGAAAAAAAAAAAAAUCUAAUGUAAAUUUGUCACACGUGUAUAUUAUAGCUGUCUUUAUUCUUGGAUUUUUCAUGUACAACGGUGUGGAUUUUAUAUGUACAUAUACUGUGAGUUUGCACGGCAUGAUUAGUGGCUUGUUAAAAACAUGUGGUGCAUCUGAGCUCUCCCGGCUCUUGGAUACUGUUUAUUUUUAGGGCUAUUUAAAAAAUUAAUUUAUUAAUUUCUUUUGCAUCGUUCGCAGCCCAGUUUUUAAGCACAAUGGCGACGCUGUGGGUAUGCUAUGGUGUUGGAGGAUUAUCGGAUGAGUUCAGCUGCUCUGUGGGUGCACGGGAGGCUUGAGUCUGCAUUGCCUGUGCCGCUGCACUGGACCGGCUGCGACUGGCUCUUACAUGGUUUCCUGCUAGUUGUAUUUUGGAACCGCGGGGAGUUGGGGUGGGGGGGUGGGGGGGGAGGAGAGCUUGGCUCGGCCGAAAACCGGCUGUCUUAUAAAUGAUUUAAUCAAGGGGAGCGAGUCCCGCUGCACUGCAUCCCCGCUCCCCGCUGGCGCACACCCUGAGGCUUUGAGCCCAGAUCAGUUUCGUCGUUUUCUCAUAACGGGCCGGGGUCGGGCUUAGCGGCCGGGGUUAGAUUGUUCUGAGCCGGUUAGAGGGAGCAGAGGUUAACCCCGGGCGUGACGCGGCUCCAGAGCCGCGGCUCUUCCCUUCCGCGGCUCAGCCUCCAGAGCCGCCGCCCUUCGCCAAUGCAAUUAGGCCAAAACGAUGACAAGUGCAAUGUUUGAACUGUUGAUGUGACAAUCAUUUUUUAAAAAGGCGGUUUCUCUCCGAGGAACUGGGUUUUUUCUAUGUCGUUUUUGCGAAAGGGAACGUCUUGUUUAAAGGGGGCUUGCGGUGAGGAUGGAAAUUAAGUCAGAGCGGACUUCAGAGUCCUCAGCAUAUCCACCCACUGAAGAAGCCCCGUUUUUACAACUGAACAGGCACUUAAUGCAAAGAUGGUAGACCACAGCUGGCGUAUGGUUGGUGCUAUAUUAGACAAUCACAUAUAUAGUGCUUCAGGCACAGAUCUGAGCUGGAAUUGGAGUUCAGUUCUAAUUCCAUUUUUUACAGAUGGAAGUUGAAAUCCUUUUUUUGAAGGCCAUAUCUUACUUUUUUAUUUUAUACUGUUUUCUUUUUGAAAGAUGAAUCUACUGUACACAAAUAGAAAAAUAUGUUGUGUUUCAAUAAAUUAGCACCUAGAUAGUUUUGUUGGGAAAGAUGUGGGGCCUUAAACCACAGAAAUGAAAAAAAAGAAAAAUAUAUAUGUGUGUAUAUAUAUAUAAAGCUCCAUAAUGUUUGGGACAAAUGCGUAUAUGUUUCUUCAUGUGGCUCUGCUCCCCACAAUUAACAAGUAUUUUAAUACAUUUGGGUCUCACUUUGUAGAAAUAACUUUUUAUACAUUGCCCCCCAUUUCAAGGUGGCGUAAUGUUUGGGACAAAUGGUUUCACAGGUGUUUCUGAUUAGUCAGGUUUGUUCAAUUGCUUCUUUAGUGCAAGUAUAAGAGCUUUCAGCAUCUAGUCUUGAUUCUAGGCUUUUGAUUGGCUUUGGAGUCGGUUAUUGCCGUUUGUCAGCAGAAGGACUAGAGUUGUGUCAGUGAAAGUCAAGCAAGCCAUUAUGAGGCUGAGAAAUGUGAAAAAGAAAGCAGUCAGAGUCAUAGGUCAAACUUUUGGCCUACCAAAAUGAACUGUUUGGAACAUCAUCAAGAAGAAAGAGAGCACUGGUGAGCUCAGUAAUCGCAAAGGGCCUUUUAGAUCCAGGAAGACCUCUACAGUUGGUGACCAAAGAAUUCUCACCAUAAUCAAGAAAACCCCCAAACACCUGUCCUAUUCAUUCUGCUGCUGCUUACCAAACUGUAACCUGGCCAUCCUGUAUUUGUGGCUACCUAGUAGUUUGCAACUUGAAGUCUAGUGUUUACUGAUUACUGAGCUAAUCAGUGCUGUCUUUCCUCUUAACGAUGUAAACAUGCCCGUUAAUAAAAGCUGAGAAUCUGAGAAACCUGUGGAGUACAGAGCCAAAUCAAGAAAAAAAUGUCUUUGUUCCAAACAUUAUGAGGCUUACUAUAUAUAUUCUUAACUCAAUUGGCGAUAAUUCUUAUAAUGUAAAUGACAUGAUAUUAGCUUAUCGCAGCAUGAAACGGUUUUUGCUUACAGCUUUCCCGUUUUAUGAAAUGGCUUAUUGUUGAAUAGAACCUGGAAAUCUGGUGAUGCAAGUCUAAUUUCUUGGUCUUACAAUAAAAGGUUUGCUAUCCAAACAGUUCACAGUCAGUAAUGAAAACCAGUUUCCGUCCAGAAACCGAACAGACCCAAAGAUAUGUCAUUCCAAGAAAUUUGUCUCAUUAAUAUCGUAUACACUGCAGGGAUUCAACACUGACAGCAGGUUGACAAUUCCCUUUCAGAACUAAAUGUUAUUUUAUAUAUGUACAAUUAUUAUGUGGCGUUUUUAUUUUUACAGCUAUUUCCAUUUUAAAAUAUCUUUUCCCAAUGGAAAAGCUCAAAGACUGCAACAAUUAUAAAAUGUGCCCGUUUAGCAGUCAGUGGCAGCAAAUUGGGUGAAGCGCGCAAUUUUUGAGGGGGAUGCUUUUCUACUCCGCAUUUGAAAUGAAAGCCCGUCUGUUACUUACAUUUUAUGUUUAUGUUUCAAAUCUGUGACCAAAUUGUAGCCUGGUGGUGUCUGUUGGCUUCAGUUUUGCCUUUGUAGCCAGGGCGUGUGUAAUAGCUUUUUGUCCAUCACUGGAGCUCAUUUACUUUUAGUAUUUGUCUGAUAGGUUUUGAAGUGAAAAGCUUUGAAUUUCUUAUUUAUUAUAUCGGCCAUGUCCAAACCUAAUUUCUUUCAGCCACUCAGACAUGCAAAGGUUGCACUCCCAUUACCGGCUGUGCCUUCUUUUUUGUUAGCAUUUUAACUGAAGCAUCCCUUGCUAGUCUUAACGAAAGGAUUAAUAACACGGGCUUAAUCAGUAAGGACGUUUGAAGCCAGACAAAAACGAGGAAAAAAUUAAUUAACUUCACAACAGUUUUAAAUGUUUUAUCUUUUUUUUUUGUAUGAGUUUGUGAAAACACAUUUUCUGUCAGUCAUUGAUUUAUCCAAUAAAAAUGUUACCAUAUG